AUGAGCCGCCCUCCCACCAGCGUGCAGCUGGCAACGGCCGACAUCACAUCUCAAAACCAUGAUAGGAUAGAGCCUGUCCUGCCGCCCGUACCGCGGGUCACGCCGGCGCAAACCAUGGUCUCAGCGCUGACGGGCAGUCUGAUCACCUCUUUGCUCGUUACACCCCUUGACGUCGUCCGAGUCCGACUUCAGUCGCAGAAGCCUCCCGUGUCCGCCGUCGAUUUCUCCAAGCUCGCCCUCACGCCCCAUUCCCUCACCCCGAUCCAAACCGCCAAUCUUGGAGUUACAGCAUGCUGCCGCGAAGUUUUUUUUGCUGGCAACAAUGCCGAAAUUUGCUUGGCCGCGCCGCAAAUCGAAGGCAUCACGGCUGGUGUGGCCGGUGCUCGCGCUCACGACUGUGCUGUUCAAGAAGUGGAAAAGAAGACGUACAAGUCAACGAUAGAUGGCCUGCGCAAGAUUGCCCGCAACGAAGGCGUCACAACCCUGUGGCGUGGGUUAUCCCCGACUCUGGUCAUGACCAUCCCCGCCAACAUUAUCUACUUUACUGGCUAUGAUUAUCUGCGAUACAAUCCCAAUAGCCCGCUUUCGAACCUCUCGCCCGACUAUGCGCCGCUCGCCGCCGGUUCUAUUGCUCGAGUGAUCGCCGUCGCUGCCGUUAACCCCAUUGAGCUUUUUCGCACUCGCAUCCAAGCAUUUCGGGGCUCUGCCUCUGGCCACUUCAUGGAGACGCUGGGUGGCAUUCGUACCAUGGUUGCCACUCAAGGGUACACCUCGCUUUGGAGAGGAUUCAACUUGACUCUCUGGCGAGAUGUGCCAUUCUCUGGGCUCUACUGGUGGGGAUACGAGACGCUGCGCGCCAAAUUCACAGACAUGCGUGAAGAGCGGCGAGGUCGGUCGCUGUCGCGCGAUGAGGACAUCUUGACUGCCCGACGUCGUUCGCAAAGCAACGAGAAGCAGUCUGAGACGUUUCUCGACAGCUUCGCGGCUGGUGCACUCUCUGGCGCGUUUGCAUCCAUUGUCACCAUGCCCUUUGAUGUCGGCAAGACGAGAACGCAAAUCUACAAUGAUGGCACCGUCCGGAAAACUGUCGGUGCAGCAGCAGGAACCGCUCCAGAAGAGCAACACAUGAUUCGACUUUUGUGGCACAUUUUCAAAACCGAAGGCAUCGCCGGACUCUGGAGCGGCUGGAUUCCUCGAACACUCAAAGUUGCACCCGCCUGCGCCAUCAUGAUUAGCAGCUACGAAGUCGGCAAGCGAGCUUUCCAAGCCAUCAACGCGCGCACGGCACAAACGGAGGAGCAAGAGCUCGAAAGAUAG